AUCCAUCACCAAUAUAUUAAAUUAAAUGCCAUUUAUUUAUUACACUCACUCUUCCCUCUUCUUCUUGCUGCCUUCACCUGCUUCACACUUCUCUUUGUCUCUCUCUCUUACUGAGAAAAGCUAAGCUCACUGGCUUCAAAUGAUGGCCGAGAUCGAGGUGAAGAACGAUGCCUCUGCUGAUUCCCCGACUUCGGUUCUUGAAGACGAGGAGAAAUGCAAGGACAAAACUGGAGACAAGUUGGAAAAAGAUGUCCUUCCAGAUGCAAAAAAUGGUGAUUCUUCUCCUGUAUCUAGAGCCAUGGCAGAGGAGGAAGAAAAGCUCUUGGAAGCACGAACGAGACAAGAAGAAGAGGAAGAGCCAGGGGAGGCACCUCACUUAAAUGGCACCCAGUUUACCAAAUUAGAUGAGCUUCUAACACAAACGCAACUCUACUCAGAGUUUUUGCUGGAAAAGAUGGAUGAAAUCACUCGUAAUGGAGUGGAGCAGGAGAGUGAAACUGCUGAGAAAAAGAGAGGUCGUGGCGCAAAAAGAAAAUCUGCUGCACAAUACAAUUCUAGGAAAGCCAAGAGAGCUGUUGCUGCGAUGCUGACAAGAUCUAAAGAAGCUGAAAAUAUUGAAGAUGGAGAUCUAACUGAGGAAGAAAGACUUGAGAAAGAGCAGAGAGAGCUAGUACCUUUGUUGACUGGUGGAAAGUUAAAGUCCUAUCAAAUCAAAGGUGUGAAGUGGUUGAUUUCCUUGUGGCAAAAUGGGCUCAACGGGAUCCUUGCUGAUCAAAUGGGACUUGGAAAAACUAUUCAAACAAUUGGUUUCCUUGCGCAUCUAAAAGGGAAUGGCUUAGAUGGCCCAUAUAUUGUGAUUGCUCCUCUUUCUACUCUCUCAAAUUGGGUGAAUGAGAUUUCAAGGUUUGCUCCCUCUAUAAAUGCUAUUAUCUAUCAUGGCAGCAAGAAACAAAGGGAUGAGAUAAGGAGAAAAUACAUGCCCAGAUCUAUUGGCCCCAAGUUUCCUGUUGUAGUUACUUCUUAUGAGGUUGCAAUGUUUGAUGCAAAAAAGCAUCUGAGGCAUUACAAUUGGAAAUAUGUUGUGGUUGAUGAGGGACAUCGGUUGAAAAAUUCAAAAUGCAAAUUGCUGAAGGAAUUGAAAUACUUACCUAUGGAAAAUAAGCUCCUGCUGACUGGGACACCUCUGCAGAACAAUUUAGCAGAGCUCUGGUCAUUGUUAAAUUUCAUUUUGCCUGAUAUUUUCCAAUCCCAUGCUGAAUUUGAGUCAUGGUUUGAUCUGUCAGGAAAGGCUAACGGUGAAGCAAUGAAGGAGGUGCUGGAAGAGAAGAGAAGGGCACAAGUGGUAGCUAAACUUCAUGCCAUAUUGCGUCCAUUUCUCCUCCGGAGAAUGAAGACUGAUGUUGAGUGGAUGCUUCCUCGGAAAAAAGAGAUAAUUCUAUAUGCUACCUUGACUGAACAUCAAAAGAACUUUCAGGAUCAUUUAGUUAAUAAGACUUUGGAGGGCUAUUUAAGAGAGAAGUUGGAUACAGGGCGUGGUUUGAAAGGAAAGCUCAACAAUUUGAUGAUUCAGCUUCGGAAGAACUGCUACCACCCUGACCUCUUGGAGUCAGCUUUUGAUGGCUCAUAUUUCUACCCACCUGUGGAACAGAUAAUUAAUCAGUGUGGCAAGUUCAGGUUGCUGGACAGAUUGUUGAAUAGGUUAUUUGCACUUGAGCACAAAGUCCUGAUAUUUUCUCAGUGGACUAAGAUUUUGGAUAUAAUGGACUAUUAUUUUAGUGAAAGAGGUUUUGAAGUAUGUAGAAUUGAUGGCAGUGUGCAGUUGGAUGAAAGGAAAAGACAGAUCAAGGAAUUCAAUGAUGUGAAUAGCAACUAUAGGAUAUUUCUUCUCAGCACUAGAGCUGGUGGAUUGGGUAUCAACCUUACUGCAGCAGAUACUUGCAUACUAUAUGACAGUGACUGGAACCCACAAAUGGAUUUGCAGGCCAUGGAUAGAUGUCACAGAAUUGGCCAGACCAAGCCUGUUCAUGUUUACAGACUUGCAACAGCUCAAUCCAUUGAGGGUCGCAUAUUGAAAAGAGCAUUUAGUAAGUUGAAGCUUGAGCAUGUGGUUAUUGGUAAGGGGCAGUUUCAUCAAGAAAGAACAAAGUCUAAUUUGAUGAAUGAUUUGGAGGAGGAGGACUUGUUGGCACUGCUUCGAGAUGAAGAAAGUGCUGAAGACAAGUUGAUACAGACAGAUAUUAGUGAUGAGGAUUUGGAAAGGGUAAUGGAUCGCAGUGACCUGAUUGGAGGCUUAUCAGAUGACCAAAAUGAUGAUGCUGUGAUUGGCACAAUCCCCCUUAAAGGGCCUGGUUGGGAGGUGGUAAUACCGACUGCAACUGGGAGCAUGCUUUCCACCCUUAACAGCUAAGGGGUUGCUUUAGUGAAUUGGGAUAGGUUGUCUAUAGAUUGGGAUGUUAUGCCAUUUUGGGGUUGAUCUUGGAGGAUGCUUUGUUUGGGCUCUAAUUUUUGAGAGCAGAAUGUUGCUCUGGGAACGUCUUCCAUUUUGGAAAUGUUAUGGAAAGGGCUCUAAUUCUUUAGAAGAAGUGAUUUUUGUAAUGGUCUAUUAUCUGAUGAAUUAUCAUCUUCAGAUACAAUAUGUGAAACGUGAAACCAUUUGAAUGCUUAUCUAAGCUGAAAUCGUGUUGUGUUUAAA